AUGACAUUUGGAAUUUCAACACUAAUCCUCAUCGUCCAAAUCGUCGUCUUCUUUGUUGGAUGUGGUGGUAAGAAGAAGCAAGCGCCAACAGUCAAGCCAGGCACUCCUAAAAACGAGAAUCGGUCUUCUGUAGCUGGUCCACCUCCUGCAGAUGAUGCAGCUGCUAAAGCAAAGGAGGAAGAAGAAAAGAAAAAGAAAGAAGAGGAAGAAGCUAAAAAGAAGAAAGAAGAAGAAGAGGAGGCUGAAGAAAAGAAAAAGAAAGAAGAAGAAGAGAAAAAGAAAAAAGAAGAGGAAGAGGAGAAAAAGAAGGAAGAAGAGAAGAAGAAGGAAGACGAAGAAAAGAAGAAAAAGGAGGAAGAUGAGAAAAAGGAGAAGGAGGAAGCUGAAAAGAAGAAGAAGCAAGAAGAAGAGGAAGAGGAAAAGAAGAAAAAAGAAGAGGAAACGAAGAAGAAUGAGAGUCAAAGAAACGGACCGAAACCUCACUUGACCAUUGAACCAUCUGGAGAUUUGGCUUUUAAAGCUGAAUCCACUUCUCAGACUAGAGUUACAUUCAAGAAUGUUCACACAAAGAAGAUCAUGUUCAAAAUCAAGUUUUCGGAUAAUGCAUAUCAAUCCAACCCAGUGUUCGGUACGAUUGAACCUGGAAAGACUGUGGAUAUCGUUGUGACUCACAACAAGUCCCCGCAUAAAGAGGCGAAAAUGGUUAUUGUCAAUUCAAAUUUCGUUGGUGAAAUGGAUUUGGCCAAAUCGUUCAAGAGUGUGCGCCCAACGGGAGGUCAAAUUACAGUCAAACUUGUUGCAAACUGA